AUCCGGACACCUCAUCUUCCGCCAGAGAUCCUUGUCUCCAUCCUGCAGUUGCUCGAGGGUCAUCACCAAACACUCCUGUCUGCAGCUCUUGUAAGCAAGGAAUGGUUUGAUCCUGCCACUGAUGCACUCUGGUCAGACCCGCCGCCGUUAGCAUUAGCCGCAUUGCCAUACAAGCGCCGACAAUUCUAUGCCAACAAGGUAUGCGAGUUGUACUUUAGACACGUUGAGGAAUCCAAAUUCCAUUCGCAGUACAAGAAUCUGAAGUUCCCGAGACUGAAAUGCAUCGGACUUGAUGCAGUGCGUCUGAGGAAGAAUCAGAAGCUGCACCUUGCUCAGUAUAUUGGUCCUCGUCUGGAGUCCUUUUCAUACUGGGGCGGUCAUCCAUGCGAAGAUGCACUGGAGCGCCUGGAGACCGAAUGUCCUCGGCUCCAUGAUUUCCAUCUGAUGGAACCACUUGAGAUGGUGGUAAAUGCGGCAAAGUUAAAGAAAUUCCUGACGAAUCGCACCUCUCUCAGAAACGUCGAAUUCGGUAGAGGCUGGGAGUAUUCACUCCCAACAGAAGUGCUUGCACAUGUCUUGACUCUAGAUCAUCUGGAACGACUGGAUAUAGUGCCUUUCCUGAGGCCUCGUAUGGCAAGAGAAGCCUUUGCUGCACCAAAUGAGUUCAAGAACCUCCGCAUACUACAUAUUCGACUCCACUCUGAAUCCGUUGGCAUGUUGGCCGCUGCCGCUACUUCUGUUGAUACACUGUUUCUUGAAGCCCAGGAUUCCGAGUAUGAUGUGCUUCAAGCACUCGAGCCCAUGAAAAACUUGCGCCACCUCGAGGUCGAGUAUCACAAUCUAGCAGGAGGAAUAGCACUGUCAGAGGACGAUAUCAAGUCGCUCGGAGCCCUUCAAGAGCUUGAAGUCUUUCUGAUCCGUACAUGGACUAGGGGACGGGCUUAUUUCCAUAAUAUCAAAGCUCCAUGGUUAGGGGACGAACAAUUCUCUGAUAUGAUGUCGAAUCUUCCAAAACUCAAGAGUCUGGCAUUCCAAGUUGAGUGCAGCAUCACGCUUAAGUCAAUCACCUCUUUGAGCGAGACACAUCCCGAAAUGUAUUGCUGUGAUUUGUAUGGCACUUUCGACCUUGAUGACUGGGCAGGAUCUGGGCCUCCUGCUUUCCCCGAUCUAAGAAGACUUGCAAUGGACGCACCAAACUUGCGAGGACGCACGAGAGCCUCGAAUACCUCUCUUCAAACCAAAGUGGAACGAAUCAUCAACAUCAUCCAGCGACACUUGCCUAUGCUAGAGCAGCUGUGCUUCCACAACUUUGAACGAAACGUGUUGGCCGACCAAGUACUCGAACACUAUGCCACAAGCAUUGGUGGUCAUUUCAACGAGAGGCAAGCAGCUACGUUCCGACCAUGGAGCUGGAUGGAAAAGAAUGGCAAAGUAUCAGAAUCCGGUACAGACCACGCGAAUGACAUGGAGCUGAUCCGUCGUAAUGGUCUGUCAGAUAUAUUCGACAUGUACGAAUUGAGCCAU